AUGUUUCUACUAGCCAGUGUCCUCCUCUGCGUGUGUGUCCUGGUGGUCCCUGGGACCAGCGUCACAUGUAACAUAGACCCCAGCGACUCCUGCAAGUGCUCCUUCGCCGACGGAGGCAAAACCUGGAACAUCGACAUCAGCAAGUACUUCGACUACCCCGCUCACCCCAAGCCAGUUGAGAGCAAGUACACGUACACCUACACCUGCUAUAACGCCAAGUGUCCCAAAAACCCUAAUUCCACUGCAGUCGCCUGCCAGUAUGUUGAAAACCAGGGAGACUAUCCACUUGGUAAAGUAGAUCAGCAUACUACGUGGGAGGUGACUGAUACUUCUGAUAGUUCGUUGACUUUCGUCAUCACUUACAAGAACGGACAGAAGUCAGGAGACAAGACUAGAGAGACUACGGUGACGUUCAAGUAUGCAACAGGAAAUAUGGAGAUGAAAGUAACAAAAGAAGACAAUACUGACACGAACAUUAAUUACGAGAUGGAAGCCUCUGGUAAAGAGGUAAAGAAGUUCAGUCCGAGUGGAGGGAAAGGGAAGAGUGGAGGGAAAAAGACAUUUCUGGACCAAUUGGCAUUGUCCUCAUCUUAC